UCCAGACCCCGGCUGCCCCGGACUAGAGUUGGCGGUUGGACCUCUGGAGACCUCCGGUUGCGAUGCUACCCUUUUCUUUCCUGCGGGCGGCCCUGCCCUUUCAGAGAUGCAGUCCGCUCAGCAGGAUGGUUGUGCGGACACAGCAUAGCAGAACGGCCCAGACGCAGACUGGGGACACAGCCAGCGGCUGGACAGGCCAGGAGAGCCUGUCGGACAGUGACCCUGAGAUGUGGGAGUUGCUGCAGAGGGAGAAGGACAGGCAGUGUCGUGGCCUGGAGCUCAUUGCCUCAGAGAACUUCUGCAGCCGAGCUGCCCUGGAGGUCCUGGGGUCCUGUCUGAACAACAAGUACUCGGAGGGUUAUCCUGGCAAGAGGUACUAUGGGGGAGCAGAGGUCGUGGAUGAGAUCGAGCUGCUGUGUCAGCGCCGAGCCUUGGAGGCCUUCGACCUGGAUCCUGCGAAGUGGGGGGUCAAUGUCCAGCCCUAUUCAGGGUCCCCAGCCAAUCUGGCCGCCUACACUGCCCUUCUGCAGCCUCAUGACCGGAUCAUGGGGUUGGACCUGCCUGACGGGGGCCAUCUCACGCAUGGCUACAUGUCUGAUGUCAAGCGGGUGUCAGCCACGUCCAUCUUCUUUGAGUCCAUGCCCUAUAAGCUGAACCCCCAGACUGGCCUCAUUGACUACGACCAGCUGGCCCUGACUGCCCGUCUCUUCCGACCACGGCUCAUCAUUGCUGGGACCAGUGCCUACGCUCGCCUCAUUGACUAUGCCCGAAUGCGAGAGGUGUGUGAUGAUGUCAAGGCGCACCUGCUGGCAGACAUGGCCCACAUCAGUGGCCUGGUGGCUGCCAAGGUGAUCCCCUCGCCUUUUGAGUACGCGGAUGUUGUCACCACCACCACUCACAAGACUCUUCGAGGGGCCAGGUCAGGCCUCAUUUUCUACCGGAGAGGGGUGCGGGCUGUGGACCCCAAGUCUGGCCGGGAGAUCCCUUACACAUUUGAAGACAGAAUCAACUUUGCCGUGUUCCCUUCACUACAGGGUGGCCCCCAUAACCAUGCCAUUGGGGCUGUUGCUGUGGCCCUAAAGCAGGUCUGCACGCCCAUGUUCCGAGAGUACUCCCUGCAGGUUCUGAGAAAUGCUCGGGCCAUGGCGGAUGCCCUGCUGGAGCGAGGCUACUCCCUGGUGUCUGGUGGCACCGACAACCACCUGGUGCUGGUGGACCUGAGGCCCAAGGGUCUGGAUGGAGCGCGCGCCGAGCGGGUGUUGGAGCUUGUGUCAAUCACCGCAAAUAAGAACACCUGCCCUGGAGACCGAAGUGCUGUCACACCUGGCGGCCUGCGGCUCGGAGCCCCUGCCUUGACCUCUCGACAGUUCCGGGAGGAAGACUUCCGUAGAGUGGUGAGCUUCAUAGAUGAAGGGGUCAACAUCGGCUUGGAAGUGAAGAGGAAGACUGCCAAGCUCCAGGACUUCAAAUCCUUCCUGCUCAAGGACCCAGAAACCAGGCAGCAGCUAACUGACCUCAGGCAACGGGUGGAGCAGUUUGCCAGAACCUUCCCCAUGCCUGGCUUUGAUGAGCGCUGAAGGCCCUGGGCCCUGAGGCCCCUCCCCGUAGACUGGACUCCCUUCUCCCCACUGCUGGGCCAGUGGAGCGGGGAGCAAAAAGGCCUCUGACUUACGGGAAGAGCCUUCCCAGAAUCCAUAGCAGAUGACCUUUUGUAGCAAGACUUAGAAAAGGGGUCUGGGCCUUUCUGCCUUAACUCUCUGCACCAUGAUCUCAGUGUUAAAGGCUCCUGCUCUUUCUCGGGGAGGGGGAGUUACCUUUCUGAGCCAGAGGGGGGGACUGGGCACAGUGCCCGCCUUCCUGUUUUUAUCAAAUAAAAUGCUAAGCUGC